GAGGGCGACAGGCGACAGGCGACGGCCCCCGGCGGUCCCCGGCCAUGGGGGGAUGAGCGAUGGAGGGGCCGAGCCCGGCGGGAGCCCCGUGCUGCUGGCCGAGCCCGCGGCCACCGGGCGGGCCCGGGAGAAGCUGCCGACCCGGGCGGAGCUGGAGAGCGCCCUGCGCGCCGGCGGCGGCAACGGCGGCGGCGGCGGAGCCGCCGGCGGCUUCAAGGACAUCCCGGGAACGUCGGCGGUCAGCCCCGGCUCCUCCAAGCAGUGCGCCCCGGACACCGAGAGCCCGUCGGGGACCGGCGAGGCGGAUUACUGCCGCCGCAUCCUGGUGCGAGAUGCCAAAGGGACGAUCCGGGAGAUCGUGCUGCCCAAGGGGCUGGACCUGGACCGGCCCAAGCGGACGCGGACGUCCUUCACGGCGGAGCAGCUCUACCGCCUGGAGCUGGAAUUCCAGCGCUGCCAGUACGUGGUGGGCCGGGAGAGGACGGAGCUAGCGCGGCAGCUCAACCUCUCCGAGACGCAGGUCAAGGUGUGGUUCCAGAACCGCCGCACGAAGCAGAAGAAGGACCAGAGCAGGGACUCUGAGAAACGCUCCUCCGGCACCUCCGAGUCCUUCGCCACCUGCAACAUCCUGCGGCUGCUGGAGCAAGGCCGCCUCCUGUCCGUGCCGGCCCCCCCGAGCCUCCUGUCCCCCCCUUCCAACCCCGUCCCUGUCGCCAGCCCCGCGGCCGGCCUGUCGCGGGGCCCCGCGUCGCCGGGGCUGGGCGGCGGCAGCAGCCCCCCGGCACCGCCGCCGCCUUUCGGCCUGCACGUCCCGUCUCUCGCCGCCUCCUCCUCCUCGUCCUCCUCGUCCUCGUCGCCGUCGCCGCGGCUGCCGGGGAGGCCGCUGUGUUUCGGGGCGCCGCCGCUGCUGGGCGGCCUGCACGAUCUGCCCGGCUCUUUCCCGCCCGGAGCGUCCGCGUUCGAGCCUUACACGCGGCUGGAGAGGAAGGACAGUUCUAUACCCGGCAAGAAGCCGAGCCCUUAAAAAAAAUACAACCCCCCCCAAAAAAAAAAAAAACCCAAAAAAAACAGUGUCAAAAAGUGUCACCUCCCCCCCGCCACCCCAAACCCAGAUCGUGUCCCCCCCCCCCCCCCCCACCUGGGAAUUCCCGCUGGGAAUGUGCGCCCCCGGGAAUGGCAGCUCCCCCCGGGCCGGUGGAGGCGCGGAUGUCACCAGGGUUGAGCUGGUGACACCCCGAGGUGUCCCCAAAGCCCCGCUCCGGGUAUCGGCGGGAGGGGACAGGAGCAGCGGGGGGUGGCGCUGGCCUGGGUGUCUCUUCUGAGGGGACAAAAGGGACAGCGCGAGGUGGCACCGGGCUCUGUCCCCGCGGUGUCCUCGGUGAAGCGCCGUGCCUCAGUUUCCCCGCCUGCGUUGGGCUGAGGUCCCCGCGGUGACCGCAGGGUCCCGGUGCUGCUCCCGCGGGGGGUUUUGUCCUCCGAGGGCGGCUCCGGUGGCCUGGGUGAUGUCCCCAGUUGUCGCCGUGCUGGGAACAAGCGGCUGCCGCCACCCUUGGGACACCCGCAGGCUCCUGCGGAGCCCAAACAUCGCCCUGUCCCUUUUUGGGGACACCCCAGCCUGGCCGACCCCACAGGGAUCCCCCCGAGGGGCCGUGGGUCACUGCCGCACCCCGCUGGGUGACACCUGGGGACAGCGGUGACAGCGGCACCUGCAAUGACCCCGCGCUGACAUUGGCACCCGCCACAGCCUGCUUGUCACCUGUCACAGCCAAGGUCCCUUCCCAGGUCCCGGGGGGUGACAGUGGCUUCCUGCGGGGCCACUCGGGCUCAGGGUGGGGUUGGGGACCAGGGGGACUUUGCAUGAGGUGGCCCUUGGGGACAGGGGCAGCUGCUGGGGGGUCACCUUGGCAGGACACCCUGGGGUGACAUCACCUUGUCCAGGUGUCCUGCGGUGUCACCACCUUGCCAGGACACCUUGGGGUGACAUCGCCAGGUACCCCGCGGUGUCACCACCUUGCCACAGGACACCCUGCGGUGUCACCACCCCACGGUGCCACCCCCCCCUCGCAGGGACACGGCUGUGACAGGACCAGGGGGACACCCCGAGCCCCCUCCCCACACCCAGGCCCUGCGCUGGGGGCUCCCCCCACACCCCCAAACCCGCUGCUGUUGAUUAAUUAAUCAAUUCAUGAAUUAUUAAUGAUAAUUAACACUGAGCAUCCCCCACCCUGGGCUGCCGCUCCCUGUGGGGCCACAUCCCCCCGGCCCCCGAAUUCCCAGGAUUUUGCAGGGAAAUAUUUAAAAUAAAAGAUUUUAUGAGAAA